AUAUUGAUUAGUCUCCCAAAGUCUGUCCGAAAAAUGGUUCUCCAUUCAAUGGAAUGGAAGUCUCAACCCACUCGCGUUGACCAUGAGUCAACGUCAAUCAAACCACCCCUAAACAUGGCUAUCCCUGCCUUGCUUUGUUUUAGUGAGGUCUGGAAAACCUACAGAUAUCCAUGGAUUGUCUGAGAUCUAUUAGAAAGAAUAGAUGGAAAGGCACCAGGAAACUGAAAAAGAUUACUGCAUUAGUUGUGGUGACAAGCUUUGUUUUAAUUGUGUCUUUUGCUGAUACUUCAGAUGAUUGCCGGUUUCCGGCAAUUUACAACUUCGGCGAUUCCAAUUCUGACACUGGCUCCGUCUCAGCUACAUUUGGUCGAGUCACUUUGCCUAAUGGCCGUACUUUUUUCGGUAAACCUUCUGGUCGCUAUUCAGAUGGUCGUCUGCUCAUUGACUUUAUAGCCCAGAAGCUGGAACUACCCUUUUUGAGUGCAUAUCUUGAUGCUUUGCAACCCUAUUUCAGAAAUGGAGCAAAUUUUGCUGCCGCUGGUUCUACAAUUCAGCCCUUUGAUGUGAAAUUGCUUGAGGCGGGUUUGAACCCUUUAACUCUCAAUAUUCAACUUUCCCAGUUUGAGCAACUCAAAGAUCGCACUAAUGAGUUGUACAGUCAAGCAAAAACCUCAAAGAUCAAAAGUAAUCUCCCGAUACCGGAGGACUUCUCAAAAGCCCUUUACACCUUAGAUAUUGGACAGAAUGAUCUUUAUUUUUUGCUUAAAACGAUGAAGGUGGACCAAGUGAAGCCAUCCAUCCCUCCUAUAAUUAAUCAGUUUGCUCUUGCCAUUGAGAAACUAUAUCAAGAAGGGGCAAGAAAAUUUUGGAUUCAUAAUACUGGUCCCAUUGGCUGCUUGCCUUUAAUGGUUAUUGCAUAUCCUUCAAAAUCUGGUGAUGCUGACCAAAAUGGUUGCAUUAAGUCUUACAAUGAGAUUGCUCAAGAAUUCAACAAGCAGCUUAAAGACCGGGUUUCUGAAUUAAGGACCCAAUUUGAGGAUGCACUGCUUCUUUAUGUGGAUAUCUAUUCAGCAAAAUAUACUCUAAUCAGUGAAGCAAAUAAGUAUGGUUUUGUUAGUCCAAUUGAGUACUGUUGGAACACAGCUAUAGUGAAUGCAACGAAUGCCGUAUGUAAGGAUGCUUCAAAAUACAUUAGCUGGGAUAGCGUACAUUAUUCUGAAGCUGCAAACCAUUGGAUUGCCAACCGCGUUGUGGAUGGCUCAUUCUCAGAUCCUUCCAUUCCCCUUAACAAAGCUUGUAGAAAGCCUAUUCUCUGACAUUGUUGAGAUCACAUGGACGUUAGUGUCUCUCUCUUUACGCGAGUGUAUGAACCAGUUUUUCAUAACUAGAUGCAAAGAUGUUGCUCUGUUAAAAUUCAAAGUUGUGUUUGUUUUAAAUUAUAAAUUUCUUGUAUUAAAAGAUGUAAACUUUUUCUAUCCAAUCCUUAGCAUAGGAAAUAAUAGAUACUCCAAGCUUGUGAUUGCCCUUUUCUUUUGUUAAGGAUAUUAACCUUUACAAAAAUAUAUAGAUAAAGAAAAGGGCAAAACAGUUGAUGACAAAUAUUAGUGGUUUAUAAUAAAUUGUGCCUGAAAUUAACUAGGCAUGACAGUUUUAUACCAACAUUUGCUUUUUCUGCAAUAUUGGUGCACUUGUAUACCAGGCAGCAUUUGCUUCUCAUUUUAUUGUUUUUGAGAUUUUAAUUUAUGGUUAUUUUUCUAUAAAGAUAUUCAUGGUUGGGGGAAUC